CCUGCUCUCCCUCGGGUUUCUGAACUCCCCGGUCCACAUCUCUCUGUCGCUGAGGAAAGAUGGUGGGAGGUGGCGACGAGCAGCUGACGGCAGCCGGAAACCGCCGGAGGCAGGAGAUAUUCCGGCCGAUACCGCCAACGCUCUUCUACGCGAGGCGCCAGUUCGCGUCGGGGUCGGGGUCGUGGAGGGUGAGGCCAAGGAGGAGGAAGGUGCUGACUAUCCGGCUAGGGGGGCGCGGCCGGAGGGGGGGCUUCUUGUUCCGGGCCUUCAGGCAGCUCCGUCUGGGGUGGCUCCGCUGCAGGGCCACCCUCUUGGUGAAGAAGCUCAAGGUCCUCUACCUCCGCCUCCUCAACGACCUCGUGGAAGCCGGCGCGGCCAUGGACUCUUCUCACUCCCGCUUCUUCAUGGACGCUUACUUCGCCUCCCCCAUGCUGCCGGUCUCCGUGCCGUCCAUCCUUCCAUCCGACGGCCAGGCGACUUCCUCGCCCUCAUCCCGAAUCUUGGGUGCCCUCAAAAGCUAGGUGCUCCAUCGAUCCAUCCUUUCCCCUGUUUUUUUUUUUUGGAAAAUUUCGGCUUCCUUUUUUGUUAAUCUUAAGUUUUCCUUUUCUUUUUCUUUUGCGGUGUAUUUAUCUGUCAUGUAAAAUUAAUGGUAAUUAUCAAGUUGUACAAAAA